GGAAUGUGCUUGGGGGUCCCAUGACGGACCCACGAAUCCCCAAGAGAGCGCCAAAAAUGGGUCCGAGGAUGCUGUCGUAGCCAUUUGCCUCAAACUUCUCUGUGCACUCGAGGUGUUCAGCCGCGGCAAAUUGAUUACAUGCUGUCCUGGGCGAAGACGCCACUGCGGGCACUGCCCGUGUGGAAAUCUGCGCGGAUGGCAAGCAGCGUCAAGAUACCUGCUACCGUGCAGCCGCACCAUAAGUUCAGUUUGGCAAGUGAUGGGUUCAUGUGCCUCACCUAUCCAGCCUCACAUUACAAGAUCGUGGCGAAGUUCUUGAUGGACCAUGGUGCCGAGCAACGGUCGCACGUGACAGACGCAAUCGAUUCUGGCAUCACCAGCUUCUCCAUCGACGGGGCGCCAUCUGUUGAGCUGUUCGUGGCUGGGAGUUGGGAAGAACUGCAUGUAACGGCUGAGAACUUGGUUGGGGAAACCAUGGUAAUGGGCCUUGCUUUCGCAUACCGGGACUUCUCGGCGUUGGCGCGUCAUCGUGUCAGCGAGGUUUUGCCGCCGAGGGAAGUGAUUACGUAGAGCAGCAUGCUGGUGGGACACCGACAGAGAACUCCUGGAACCAACGUAAGUUAGCAUUUGGUUUGGAGCCCAGUGCCUCGGCAGCGUUUCGUACAGCACCGCAGCCAGGCAUUUGGUGCACGUUGGUUCGAAAAUGAUGCGACCGCGUGGACCCAAUCGUGCAAAUGUGUGGGGGACCAUUUGUGCGUGGUGUGUGUUCUGGUGCAGAUGUGGUGGAUCACCCUCACGUCGAUCGACCCCAAGCAUGAAUGCACGAACCGCAUGCGGGACAAUGGCAAAAUCAGCAACAACUGAAUCUAAGAACACGCAGUCCUGAUGACCAGUGAUGAAGCCUUUCUAUUAAAGUGCACUGGGGAGCAACCACACGAUAGUGCGACCCACAGCAGUCUGACCCGGGGGGGCAGGCGUAUGGAUCCGCACCAGGCCAAGCCAUACGGAUGUGGCCUUCUUGAGGCCAUCGUGGAGGAGAUCGAUCAGAGGAGGGGCCGUAGAACAUUAGCCCCCC